CGGAGCCUCGCGGGCGAGUAAUGCGUCCCCCCCGCCGGGAGAGCGGGGAGCGUUAAUGAAUCUAUAAGCCGAGGAGGAAACUCUGGCUGGGGCAGUGCGCGGAGCUCCGGCGGUGCGUGGGGAGCCCCGGCGCCGGCGGCGGCAGGCGCGGCUCAACCGCAGCACACACGACAGGCAACACCAGAGGGGACACACCGCCGUCCACCGCCACCUCUCCCUCCGCGCCGCGCGCCGUCCUGCUCGGCCCCCGAGAGUGCUGCGACUGCGAUGUGAGCGCGAGGCUGCGGGAGGCCGGGGACUGGGAGAGCCUCCGGGGACCAAGUUUUCGGCCACUUCUGCAGGCGCCCCCUCCUAGCCCUCGCCGGCCCCUUCCCGCAGCCUGCCUGGCCCGGGUGUGCCCUUGGCUUCCUCGCGCGCCUAGCGGCCUCAUUUCGCCGGAGACCAUGGUGACGAUGGACGAGCUGCGGGAGAUGGACUGCAGUGUGCUCAAACGGCUGAUGAACCGGGACGAGAACGGCGGCGGCGCGGGCGGCAGCGGCAGCCCCGGCGCCUUGGGGCUGCUGAGCGGCGGCAAGUGCCUGCUGCUGGACUGCAGACCGUUCCUGGCGCACAGCGCGGGCUACAUCCGAGGCUCGGUUAACGUGCGCUGCAACACCAUCGUGCGGCGGCGGGCCAAGGGCUCCGUGAGCCUGGAGCAGAUCCUGCCCGCCGAGGAGGAGGUGCGCGCCCGCCUGCGCUCCGGCCUCUACUCGGCCGUCAUCGUCUACGACGAGCGCAGCCCGCGCGCCGAGAGCCUCCGCGAGGACAGCACCGUGUCGCUGGUCGUGCAGGCGCUGCGCCGCAACGCCGAGCGCACAGACAUCUGCCUGCUCAAAGGUGGCUACGAGAGGUUUUCCUCCGAAUACCCAGAAUUCUGUUCCAAAACCAAGGCCCUGGCAGCCAUCCCACCCCCAGUACCCCCCAGCACCACGGAGUCCCUGGACCUGGGCUGCAGCUCCUGCGGGACCCCACUGCACGACCAGGGGGGUCCUGUGGAGAUCCUUCCCUUCCUCUACCUCGGCAGUGCCUACCAUGCUGCCCGGAGAGACAUGCUGGAUGCCCUGGGGAUCACGGCCCUGCUGAAUGUUUCCUCGGACUGCCCCAACCACUUUGAAGGGCACUAUCAGUACAAGUGCAUCCCAGUGGAAGACAACCACAAGGCCGACAUCAGCUCCUGGUUCAUGGAAGCCAUCGAGUAUAUCGAUGCAGUGAAGGACUGCCGCGGGCGCGUGCUGGUGCACUGCCAGGCGGGCAUCUCGCGCUCGGCCACCAUCUGCCUGGCCUACCUGAUGAUGAAGAAGCGGGUGAGGCUGGAGGAGGCCUUUGAGUUCGUCAAGCAGCGCCGGAGCGUCAUCUCUCCCAACUUCAGCUUCAUGGGGCAGCUGCUGCAGUUCGAGUCCCAGGUGCUGGCCACGUCCUGUGCUGCAGAGGCCGCCAGCCCGUCAGGCCCCCUGCGCGAGCGGGGCAAGGCCACCCCCACGCCCACGUCCCAGUUUGUCUUCAGUUUCCCGGUCUCGGUGGGCGUGCACUCGACCCCCAGCAGCCUGCCCUACCUGCACAGCCCCAUCACCACUUCCCCCAGCUGCUAGAGCCACGCUGGGGACCCCAGUGCCAGAGGUGGCUCUCAGCAAGGGGGUGGGCAGCAAGUCGGGACUCACCAGCUGGGGGCAGGUGACCAAGCUCCUUCCACAUCCAUUCCUUCUCGGCCAGCCACGGGCCCAGCUAGAAUGGCAAUAAGGACUUUGAAUACAUGUUAAAAGCAAACAAACAAAAUACUCCAACUUAGAGCAAUAACGGCUGUCUCUGCAGCCAGGGAAGACCUUGGUCUGGUUUAUGUGUCAGUUUUGCUUUUCAGAUAGAAAUUUCUUACCUCAUUUUUUUAAGCAGUAAGGCUUGAAGUUAUGAAACCCACAGAUCCUGGCAAAUGUGCCCAACGAGUUUUAUGAAGUGGGGAGUAGGGGGGAGGGAAAGGGAAGAGACAAGAAGGAAAGUUUGCCAGAAGUGCCUGGUCCUGUGUGCUGUCUCCUUGUUGUCGUCGUUGUAGUUCCAGGAAUUUUGUUUUUUAAGGGAAAUCUUCUAGUACAGGUAUUCAUUUCUAGGUCACCACCAGGUGAAUAAUUAUGCUUAGUAAUAAAUAGAAGUAUUUAUGAAGAAUUCCUCAGAGUAUGUAAGUACAAGGAGUCUGGUGACAGUGGGUUUAGGACGUUUAUGUUGAUGUCAGCAGUGGAGGACGACAGCGUGCAGUCGUCAGCAGUGGGAAGUAAACGGUAUCUUGUGGGUACAUACGAGCUGGCAUGACGACAGCCUGCAUCUAUUGCCAUUGAGAAGCAGGCAGGUGGGAGGAGGAAGGAAAGGACGACUUCUCAGUUACUUUUGAAGCUGGUUCCUGGGUACACAGGCCACUGAAGCAAUUUUAGACCCCAACAAUACAACCUUUUCUCUCUGCUGAUGAAUAUGGUGGUUGGAGCAUUUUUCUCAUAGACCUAUGUAUCAUCUGUAAUAAAUGCCAUAUGACAUAAGGUGCUCCUAGAAAAUUGGGUGCAAUUCAGAUUUUCCUACAGUGAAUCAUUUGGCAAAGCCAUUGGGGAAACCAGAUAACUAGAGACAUACCUGAAAUGAAUCCUUUUGUAAGAUGAAGCACCAUCUUUUCUCUUUUGCAUAAUUCAAAGGUUUUAAUUUUAGGGGUUUUACUUGAAGUAUGCCAAUGAAUUCUUGCAUUCUGAAAGUUCCUGGUUAGGUGAGUAUUUUCAAAGGCCCUCUUGAAUCAAAAGGGGAGUGGACACCACAUUUCAGGUCUCCUUGAAGUCCUUUAAGGGCAACAGCAUCAGCAAGGUGGGGUUGAGGUGGGGUCGGGGCAGACUCGGCUUGGAGGGUGGCCCCAGUAAAAUGUGCAUCAUGGGGCUUGGGAGCUAUUCUGAAUCCUUACUUGGAAUAAUGCCAUUUUAAGGGGACUUUCCAAACGGAGGAGUGGCUUUGGAGGAAGGA